AUGAAGCUCUCCGCCGCCAUACCUUUGGCUCUUUUGGCCUGCGCAGCCUCCAGUCUCGCAAGCAUCUCGCCCCAACCAGACUACCAAACACUCUUCUCUGAAAGGGACCAGGACGGUCCGGCUCAAUUCCUUCAGCGUAGACAGCAAGGUAUCGGAGGUGCCGGUCAGAACGGGCCCGGUUACCAAACCGUGCCCAAUGUUCCAUUCCUUGGAGACGACUCCCUUCCAUACUCGCCACCCUUCUACCCAACACCUUCAACUCAGGGAACAUCGCAGAAGUGGAAGGAUGCCAUCAGCAAGGCACGUGCAUACCUCCAGCAGUUCAACCAGACCGAAAAGGUGAUCCUCACAACAGGUUCAGGAUGGCAGCGAGGUCCAUGCGUCGGCAACAUCUCGCCCAUCCCUCGUGUUGGUUUCCCCGGUCUCUGUCUCAUGGACGGCCCCGCCGGCGUUCGAGGUAUCGACCGCGUCACCUCGUUCCCCGACGCCAUCACUGCCGCUGCCACCUUCGACCGUGAUCUCUUCUACAAGCGUGCCUAUGCCAUGGGUCAAGAAUUCAAGACCAAAGGUGCCAACAUCUGGCUCGGUCCCAUGAUGAACCUUGCUCGUAGCCCCCAAGGCGGUCGAUCUUGGGAAGGCUUUGGUGCUGAUCCAUACCUGAGCGGUGAAGGCUCUCACUACUCGGUGCUAGGAGCACAGGACGCUGGUGUUCAGGCCAAUCUCAAGCACUACAUCCUCAACGAGCAGGAACACUUCCGAAAUGAGGGUAGCUCCAACAUCGACUCCCGUACUGAGCGCGAGCUCUACCAGCACCCCUUCCUUCGAGGUAUUCAGGCUGGUGCCGCUUCGGUCAUGUGCUCUUACAACCUUGUCAACAACUCAUGGGCUUGUCAGAACUCAGAACUUCUCAACAACCGUCUCAAGACCGAGAUGCACUUCCCAGGUUACGUCAUGUCGGACUGGGGUGCUCAACAUGCAGGUGUUGCUUCGGCCAAUGCUGGGCUUGACAUGACGAUGCCCGGAGACGUCUUGUGCUGUAGUCUCCAGGAAGGUUCGCUUUGGGGAGGCAAUCUGACCUCUGCAGUCAACAACGGCUCGGUUGCUACGACUCGUCUCGAUGAUAUGGCCACUCGUAUUCUUGCUGGUUGGUUCUUGCUUGGUCAGGAUCAGGGCUACCCUAAGCCCAACUUCAACUUCUUCGACAAGAAGGAUCCUGCCACAAAUCAGUUUGUUGACGCCACUGCUGAUCAUUACAAGGUUGCUCGCGAGGUAGCUAAAGCUGGUACUGUCUUGCUCAAGAACCACCGCAAUGCUUUGCCCAUCAAGAAGCCUCGCACUAUGGCUGUUGUUGGUUCUGAUGCUGGUCCGCUUUACCAGGGUGCCAACUAUUGGCCUGAUCGCGCACAGAACGGUGGUUUGCCCUACGGGACUCUUGGUCAAGGAUGGGGUUCGGGAUCUACCGAUUAUUCCUACUUUUUCUCUCCUUACGAGGCUAUUCAGGCUCGUGCACGUGAGGAUCGUACCGACAUGCAGUGGAACUUUGACGAUUUCAACCUGAAACAGAGCGUCAAGAUUGCCAACAUGACCGACGUCGCUCUUGUUUUCGUCUCUGCAGGAAGUGGUGAAGGUUACAUCACCGUCGACCGUAACGAAGGUGACCGUAACAACUUGACCCUGUGGAACCAGGGCGAGCAGCUCAUCCGCAACGUGACUGCUGUGAACAACAACACUGUUGUUAUCAUUCACUCUGUUGGUGCCGUUGACAUGGAGAGCUUUGCCGAGAACCCCAACGUUACUGCUAUUGUCUGGGCCAACUUGCCUGGUAGUGAGAGUGGUCGGGCUCUCGUUGAUGUGUUGUAUGGUGACUUCAACCCCAGUGGUCGUCUCCCUUACACUAUCGGCAAGAAGCGCACCGACUACUCUGCUGACGUGCUCUACUACAACGACACCGUCACACCUCAAGUCAACUACACCGAAGCCCUCAACAUCGACUACCGUCAUUUCGACAACAAAAACAUCGAACCUCGCUACGAAUUCGGGUUCGGUCUCUCCUACACCAAAUUCGACUACUCAGGUGCCUGGACUCAACGUGUCGGCUGGGCAGACAACAGCUGGUGGGGCUCUUCAAACGCUUCAUCCGGUCUACCAGACUGGUUGUUCCAACCCAAGUAUGAGGUCACAUUCUCUUUGACAAACUCGGGCAACUGGGACGGCCACGAAGUAUGGCAGGCUUAUCUGGAGUUCCCCCGUUCAGCUGGUGAACCUCCUAAGGUGCUGAGAGGUUUCGGUCGUGAAUAUGUCGAGAAGUACCAGACCAAGGAGGUCAAGUUCCACUUGAGUCAGUACGAUGCCUCAACUUGGUGCAACGAGAAGAAUCAGUGGUUGCAGCCAGAUGGGAAGUUGAAGGUUGUCAUUGGUGCUAGCUCGAGGGAUAUCAGACAAGCUGUUGUUCUCAACUAG